AUGGACUUGACAACUGAGAAUAAUUCAUAUUAUUUUAAUGAUAAUAAUAAUCAUGAAUCGAGUAACACAGAGGUUAAUCAAGUUAUAGUGAACACUAAUCAUUCAUUAUGUAAUCCAGCUGAAUUAUUCAUGGGGUCUGUUGACCAAUCUUUACCACGGAAUUUUGAACAACCUAUUAAGGAUUUGAUUGUAGACACUGGGGAAAUGAACCAUGAGAAAACAUCAAAUUCUGAUUAUAUUCAUUCAAAACAGUGUACACUGUUGUGUUGUAAUGAUAUGAGUUCAUCCAAAUGCUUCUCCCCUUCUUCUUCAACUGGGAGUGAUAGGCAACAUGGUGACGCAAUUGAUUGCAGUGGUGACAAUCAUAAUAACUACAAACAUUGUGACAGACAUAAUACUGAUGAUAAUAAUAAUAAUAAUCGCAUCAGUGAUAUGAUUUCUGCUUCUUAUAAUGCGACAAUGUUGGAUGCUGAUAUUACCAAUGUGAUAGCAUCAAUAAAAAGUCAAAGUGAUCAGUUUUGGUGGUUAGGCAAAACACGUCUGUCAUUUUCAUUCACACCUUACUGUCGAGCACUACCAGAUAAAGAGAACGGCUGUGUUUUUGGCAUACACGCUCGAUUGGGGGUAAUACCUAUGAUUUCAUCAAUCAAACGGUAUCAUGAUGAACAACAACGUGUACAGAAGAAAACCUUCACUAAUUGGGUUAACUCACAUCUACGAAGGUUAUCCCCACCAGUUCGUAUUAAUGAUCUAUUCAAAGAUAUUGGAGAUGGAGUUACACUUAUCCGUCUUCUCGAAGUAUUAUCGAGCGAGAAAUUGCAAAUUGAAACUCCUCGUGUCCUACAAAGAGCUCAUAAACUUAGUAAUGUUCGUAAUGCACUGGAUUAUUUAGAAAAGAAAUGUAAAAUAAAACUUGUAAAUAUUAAUCCUUCAGAUGUAGUCGACGGGAAACCGGCUAUCGUUUUAGGCCUUAUCUGGUCAAUCAUAUUAUUUUUUCAAAUUCAUGGUCAACAGAAAGUUUUAAAACAGGUUUUAAAAUCUCGUCGUAAAAGUCUGUCGAAGUCUAUUGAUGCUGAGUCAACUAAUGGCGGUGGUGGUCAUUCUGGAGAUACUAGCCUAUCUGAACAGACGGAUAGUGUUAAAAGUGAGACAGGGUCUAAAACUCGACAAGCAUUAUUAAGUUGGUUGGAACAAUCCUUUCGAUCGCAUAAAUCAACACUGGAGAUUCGAGUGACAGACUUUGCUUCAAGUUGGCGUGAUGGUAAAGCCUUCUGUGCAUUGGUGCAUAACAUUAAUCCAAGUCUUAUUGACAUGGAACAGGUUAAUAAAUGUCGUAAAAAUCGUGAAAAUUUAGAAUAUGCAUUCAGUGUAGCCGAGCAAAGAUUGGGUAUACCAAGAUUAUUGGAUGCAGAAGGUAAGAGUGAAUGA